GGCUGGGACUCCCAGAUGGUGGGACCCAGUUUCCAUACUGGGCCUGGCUCUGGUCCAUGUGUUGGCCACUGGGCUUCCCCAAAACUCUGCUCUCCCAGGCUGCACCAUGAGCUCCGGCCUGCCCUGGGCCUGGCCAGGCAGUGGACUCUGGAGGAUGAAGAAGAGCAGGAGCGCGAGCGCCGGCGGCGGCACCGGAAUCUGAGCUCCAUCCUGGACGACGAGGCCCCCAGGCUCACCCAGAACGGAGACACACCGGCUGCCCAGAGACUGCCGAGCGUGGAGGAAGCAGAGGCGCCCAAGCCACGAACCUCAGGCUCUAAAGAUGAGGAUGAGGACAUCCAGGCCAUCCUCAGGGUGCGCCAGGAGUGGAGGCAGAGGCGGCAGGUGGUGGAGGCUGCCCAGGCCCCCAGCCCGCUGGAGGCAGAGGAGGGAAGGGACAGCUCUGGCCCAGGGCAGGCCAAGCCGCAGCCCCUCACGCCUAAGAAGGAAGUGGAGCUGCCACCCCGCGGGAGACUGAGCCGGGAGCGGCGGGGCCCCUGGGCCAGGGAGGAAGAGAGCUUGACUGGCCAAGAGUCCGAAGGCGGGAAGAAUGAGGCCUCAGAGAAGCCCGCAGUCUCUGAGAAGCCCCCCGUUCCAGGGAAGACGUUAGUACUUGGAAAGAGACUGGUCUCGGAGGAAAGCUCCAAUUCAGAGAAGGCCCUGGGCCCUGAGAAGAUAUCUGUGUCAGAGAAAAGAGCCGUCUCAGAGAAGUCAGUUCUAGAAAAAACAAGUGUGUCGGAGAAGCUCCCAGCCCCAGGGAAGACAUCAGACUCGGAAAGGAAAGUAGUUUCUGAGAAAGCAUUGCUCUUUGAGAAGUCUCUGGUGUCAGAGAAGACCCCGGCCACCAAGACAAAGCUGGCGCCAAAGAGGGUGGCCGCCCCAGGGCAGCCCCAGGCAGGGGGGCAGCUGGCCUCUGGGGGAAGCCAGCCCCCCACCAUCACUGGGCAGAGGGGAAAGGUCCUCCCUGAGAAGAGCCCGCCAUCCCCGGCCGAGCUGGAAGAGCAGGGGGCGCCGGACCCUCCGGCUGCGGCUUCCCGCCUCCCGCCCAUCGCAUUCCAGGUGAAAAUCCCCAGCAAGGAAGAAGAGGUGGACACAUCCUUGCCCACCCAGGCCACCUACAGCAGCUCCCUCAAACGCUCCAGCUCUAGGACCAUCUCCUUUCGGAUGAGCCCCAGGAAAGACAACUCAGAGACUACCUUAACCCGCAGCGCCAGCAUGAGGCUCCCGGCGGGCACGGUCAAGUUAGGGGAGAAGCUGGAGAGAUACCACACAGCUAUCCAGAGAUCAGAAUCCGUCAAGUCUCCCAGCGCCUCCCGCACCGAGUUCUUUGUGGCUCCCAUGGGCGUAGCCAGCAAGCGCCACCUCUUUGAGAAGGAGCUGGUAGGCCAGAGCCGAGCAGAACCAGCCUCCAGCCGGAAGGAGAACUUGAGGCUUUCAGGGGUUGUGACGUCAAGGCUCAACCUGUGGAUCAGCAGGACCCAGGAGUCUGGGGAUCAGGACCCCCAGGAGGUGCGGAAAGAGUUGGCAGCCACCAAAAGGACCCAGUGGGGAAAGAAAGCAGACUCCUCCCUGGACGCUAAGGUGUGAUGAGCCCUGCCCGGACGGACCAGCAAGUCUGCGUCUCAGGGGCCCUCCCUCAGGCCAGGCCCUGCCGCCAGCAGCACCCCCGUCUCUCAUAGCCCCUGCUCGCUCUCUGCUUCUGGACCUGGGGCCAGGGGUGUCGGGGAAACUCAGCCACCUCCUUCCCAGUCUAGCAUCUGGGAGCGGGUGUGCCCCGGCACCAUCUCAUCCCACUGCAGGCACAGCAGAUCCUGGGACCCAGUGUCAGCCCAGGGCACAGCACCGGCUCUCGUCAGCACCAUGUGGCCUCCAUGGCCUGUCCAGAGGUGGCGUCCAGGUCCUGCUCACUUCCAGGGUCAGGGCGGUGCUGUCUCUGGAGAACUCCAGGGUCCCCUCUGCGAUCUGUUCCCAGCCGGUGCCUCCAUGUGCCUAUGAUGUCCGUCCCUCACUGAGGCCUGGAGCCUCGCACCGCAGUCCCUGGAGCCCACCUCCAGCCUGCUGUGGCCCUCGGGCCAGAUCGUCCACGAGCUGUGCUGUGUCUUCCGCGUGCCCCGUCUCUCUGCUUUGUUUGGCUCUCACGUCCUUGCCCUGCUGCUCUGGCUGGGAGCUCGGUGACAUUUUGUGCAACCCCUUCAACCUGUCUGAAAAAGCUGUUCUCAGGAAAGAGCUGAUAAACUCAUUCACUCUCAGGCGUGACUAAUAAGACCUUCAAAGUGGAUUCCUUCCUGGAGGAUUUGCUUUUGAGCGGGGUCCCUGCCGUGUGUGAGCAGGUUGUUGUGACUGGAUGGGGGGGCGUCAGGUGUCAUUUUCCUUGUAGCCCCCCUUUCUCACAUUGACGUGGGCUGCCCCCCUGUCCUAGCAUAGUGACUUGGCGGGGGUGGUGUGGGGUGGGGGUGGAACCGCCACUUACAGUGCCGCGCCUGCCGCCCUGCAUCCCCAGCAAGGUCUCCCAGCAGCCCGUCCUCCCCUCCCCCAACGUCGUGGCCCCUGUGAGGUUGGAGAAUGCUGAGCUUUCUGAGAACCUAGGACAAACCAAACUCAGUCAGCCUGGUGCUCUGUCAAACCCCUUAAUCCUGUAAUUAAAAAAAAAAAUGUA